AAAUAGAGCUCACCUCCAACUCAUACCUACCACUGCAGUUAGAUUUCUUCGAGGCCAAACGGCGAGAAAGAAGAGAAAAUUCAACCCUUUUUAGUACUUUGUUUUACCAGAAACUUUUUCAGAGCUAACCUUUCUCUUUUCUCUCUCUCUUCUUUUCUUCCGAUCAGUUCAUUUCGUUCUGUGCGUGCUUCAAAUUGAGGUCAGACUCAGAAAACAUUUGAAGGGUAAUUUAUUCUGAUCAAUCUUAUUAGAUUCGUAGCUUCUGGUUCUAGAGAUUUUGCGUUUGAGGUGAGAGAUGGCAGCAACAUCGGCAGCAGCAACAUCGGCAACUAUCUUUUCAAUCGGAUCAACUACGUCCUUUGGCUCCAAAGCGAACUUGCUUCCACAAUCAAAGGCCUCUGGUGUAAGAUUUAACUCCAGGAACUGUUUAAAGAGUUUCAGCGGCCUCAAAGCAGCGACAUCUGUAAGCUGUGAAUCAGAAUCAACCUUCUUGGGCAAGGAAAGUAGUGCAGCACUUCGAGGUUCCUUUGUGGCAAAAUCCCAAAAAGAAAGCCAGAGAUCAUGGAAUUGCGUUCAGCCUCAGGCAUCUUACAAAGUGGCAAUUCUUGGAGCUGGUGGGGGUAUUGGUCAGCCACUAGCGCUUCUGGUUAAGAUGUCCCCGUUAGUUUCAUCGCUGCACCUUUAUGAUAUAGCAAAUGUCAAGGGAGUUGCUGCUGAUCUCAGUCACUGCAAUACUCCUUCUCAAGUUUUGGACUUCACAGGAGCUUCUGAGUUGGCAGAUUCUUUGAAAGGUGUUGAUGUGGUUGUCAUACCUGCAGGAGUUCCAAGGAAGCCGGGUAUGACCCGUGACGACCUCUUCAACAUCAAUGCCAACAUAGUAAAAACGUUGGUUGAGGCCGUUGCUGAUAACUGCCCUGAUGCCUUCAUUCACAUUAUUAGUAAUCCAGUAAACUCUACCGUGCCGAUUGCUGCAGAAAUUUUGAAGCAAAAGGGUGUGUAUGAUCCAAAGAAGCUCUUUGGUGUCACCACUCUUGAUGUUGUGAGGGCGAACACCUUUGUUGCCCAGAAGAAAAACUUGAAGCUCAUUGAUGUUGAUGUCCCAGUUAUUGGUGGACAUGCCGGAAUAACUAUUCUACCCUUGCUGUCAAAGACGAAACCCUCUGUCAGUUUCACUGAUGAAGAAAUACAAGAGCUGACAGUGAGGAUCCAAAAUGCUGGGACAGAAGUUGUGGAAGCAAAGGCUGGUGCAGGGUCCGCUACACUGUCAAUGGCAUAUGCAGCGGCAAGAUUUGUCGAAUCUUCUUUACGUGCUUUGGAUGGAGAUGGUGACGUCUAUGAGUGCACUUUCAUCCAAUCGGAGUUGACUGAACUUCCGUUCUUUGCGUCAAGAGUUAAGCUUGGGAGGAAAGGAGUUGAGGCUGUGAUUUCAUCUGACCUCCAAGGAUUGACCGAGUAUGAGGAAAAGGCUCUGGCAGCUCUCAAGCCAGAACUGAAGGCCAGCAUUGAGAAGGGGAUAGCUUUUGCACAGAAGCAAACAGUGAACGCAUAAAAGUUGGCUAGCCGAAAGCACCCAGAGAAAGGGAAUGAUGUUGCGGAUUCAUAAUUGCAUCAGCAUUUUCAUUUUUGUAGACUAGAAUUUCUGCAUUUCCUGUUUCCUUGGCGUUGGAGUGAUAUUCAUAUGGAGGAAUGAAGAGCUGUUUCCUUGGCGUUGGAGUGAUUUUGAUAUGGAGAAAUGAAGAGCAAGUAUAGAGUUUCGAUCCCAUCUGCAGUAUGUAAUACUUAGUUGUUCUGAAAUAACAUUGCUGGUGCAACCGUAGCAGAGUAAACUGAAAAGGUCUUUUUUGGGUUAGAAUAGACUGGAUGCUCUCUAUCUACAUAUAUAUAUAUAUAUAUAUAUUUAUAAAUAUAUGGAAUGAAAGGGAAUGAAUGUUCUGAACAUUAGCAUUUGAUUUCAAGGAAUUUUCUCUGAUCUGAAUUAAGACCAUAAUGCUGUUCCUGUCUAUUUUCUAUUCAAAAUGUAAUGUGAUUCGUGUGAAUCUAGUUCGACUAGUGAACUUGGGUUUGAUGUUUGUCUUUUUAUUUCUAAGAAAUGUCUUUCAUUAGCUUUGCA